GGAUCAGGUAGUGUGGUUUGGGGUGGUGUGGUGUGGUGAUGGCGACGACGACGACGACGAUGAGAUCCUGCGUGGUGGCGCCCAAACUUGCGGAGGGAGUGAUGGCGGAGGGGUUGAGCGCGCAGGGAUUGCGAAUGGGCAGGUCCAGAUUAUGGGGGUCGAAGAAGGGCUUGGGAUCGGUGAAGCUGGCGGAGAGUGCCGUUAAGGUUAGGGCUCCCAGAGCGGACAUGUCUGGCCCCGACGGUGUAGCAAAUAUGCCCUCCAGUCACAAGCUCAAGGCGUCCAGUGUUUCUGCGUUUCUGGAGUUUCAAAAUGCGAGAGCCAAUCGCUAUACUAAAGUGAAGAGCAGCAUCAUGGUCAUGGGUUUAAGUGUACACACUACUCCUGUGGAGAUGCGUGAAAAGCUUGCUGUACCCGAAGCUGAGUGGCCUCGUGCUAUUGAUGAACUCUCAAGUCAGAAUCAUAUCGAAGAAGCCAGUAUCCUGAGUACAUGUAAUCGGUUUGAGAUAUAUGUGGUAGCCGUCUCAUGGAACAGAGGAGUCAAAGAAGUAGCUGAAUGGAUGUCGAAGACAAGUGGGAUUCCAGUUGAGGAUUUGAUGGAACAUUUAUUUAUAUUACGUGACCAAGAUGCAACUCAGCAUUUGUUCCGAGUCUCUUCAGGCCUCGAUUCGUUGGUUCUUGGAGAAGGCCAAAUUCUUGCGCAGGUUAGGCAAGUUUUAAAGAUUGGGCAAGAGGUUUCUGGUUUUGGUCGUAAUCUCGCAGGUUUAUUUAAACAGGCGAUUACCGCUGGAAAGCGAGUACGAACAGAGACCAAUAUCUCUGCUGGAGCCGUCUCUGUGAGCUCGGCAGCGGUUGAAUUGGCCGUCAUGAAGCUUCCAGCAGGGGGCGUGUCACGAGUUAGUGUGUUGAUUGUAGGUGCUGGGAAAAUGUCGAAAUUGUUGGUGAAACAUUUGAUUUCAAAAGGGUGUACGCGCAUGACGAUUGUUAACAGGUCAGAGCAAAGAGUUCUGGAUCUGCAGAAUGAGUUCCCUGGCGCUAACAUUGUGUAUGAGUCCCUCACCGAAUUGCUGAGGUGUACCGGAGAAGCUGAUCUUGUGUUCACAAGUACCUCAUCAGAUGUUCCUUUAUUCACGAAGGAGAACGUGGAGGGUUUGUUCCCCGCAUCCCAGACCAGUGGUGGCGUCAGGCACUUUAUUGAUAUUUCAGUACCAAGAAACGUAGCAGCCUGUCUUUCCGACUUGCCAGGCACGCGUGUAUACAAUGUGGAUGACUUGAAGGAAGUGGUGGCCGCAAAUAAGGAGGACAGACGGAGAAAGGCCGCCGAAGCUCAAGUCAUUAUUGAUGAUGAAAUUAAGAAUUUCGAGGCGUGGAGGGAUUCUUUAGAGACAGUGCCAACAAUUAAGAAGUUGCGGUCCUAUGCUGAGCGCGUCAGACAAGCCGAACUAGAGAAGUGUUUGAGUAGAAUGCCAGAGGAUCUGACUACAAAGCAGAAGCGGGCUCUUGAGGACUUAAGUAGGGGAAUCGUGAACAAGUUGUUGCACGGUCCUAUGCAGCACUUGAGAUCAGAUGGAGCAGACUCUAAGACGGUGAGUGAGAAAAUUGAGAACAUGCAGGCAUUGGAGAGGAUGUUUGAUCUGGGAUCUGAAGUCUUGGUUGUCGAGUCAAAAACCAAGGGGAAGAAGUGAUUUAUUGUAGUCGCUUACACAGUUUUGUACACUAGGAAAAUUUAUCCACAUUGAGAAGCUACCAUUCAGAGUGCAAUCUGAUGACAUGUGAGUGUGAAGUCACGAAUUGUAGUCCACAGAUUACCUGUUGUGGAGCAGUAGGUAUUCUCAAUCAUUUUUGGGUAAUGGUGCAGCAUGCCAUGUGUUCAUAUUAUAGAAGAGCUGUUGCUGAAUUACUUGUCAACUCUCGGACUUCUGUCGUCAAAUGUACAACUUGAUCUUUAUAUCGAUAACAGCACGGAAGAGGUUCAUUGCCUUCAUUUUAUUCA